GUAUAGAGAUCUCUCCGAGAGGGAGGGAUAGAGAGGGCGUACGUGCGGCGAGUGAGCGACUUCCGCUUCCUGCCAGCCUCGCUCUGGGCCCUGCGGCUGGCGGCCGAGCCUUGUGCUUCCGCCAUAUUGUCUGUGUGAGGCCGGUGAGGGAGGCGCGGUGGUGGCUCUUGCCGCCGCCUCCUCAGCUACCCUGCUGUAAGUCAGAUUUAUUAUUUCAGUAUUGCACAUGGCGGAACUGAGGCUGAGGGGAGUGGCAUGCCAAAGGCUACCUAAUGAGUUCAUGGAAGAGGCAAGAUUUGAACCAGGGACUUCCUGAUUUGCAUUUCCGUCUCUUUGCCAGUAUGGUACAGCGCCUCUAGAAAAGCUGGAAAAUUCAGAGUUGUGUCUGAAGCCCACCAUCACGAUUUGCACUGAAAUUGGAUGUGACACGAGGACCAGAUCCUUAACCUAGGUCAGCCUGCCAAUCUGUCCGCUAUGUCGGGACCUGUGCCAAGCAGGGCCAGAGUUUACACAGAUGUAAAUACACACAGACCACGAGAAUACUGGGAUUAUGAGUCGCAUGUUGUUGAAUGGGGUAAUCAAGAUGACUACCAACUAGUCCGGAAGUUGGGCCGGGGCAAAUACAGUGAAGUCUUUGAAGCCAUCAAUAUCACAAAUAAUGAAAAAGUAGUUGUUAAAAUCUUGAAGCCUGUGAAAAAGAAGAAAAUCAAGCGUGAAAUCAAAAUCUUGGAGAACUUGCGAGGCGGCCCCAACAUCAUCACCCUUGCAGAUAUAGUGAAAGACCCUGUGUCUCGGACCCCAGCCUUGGUUUUUGAACAUGUAAACAACACAGAUUUUAAGCAAUUAUAUCAAACGUUAACAGACUAUGAUAUUCGGUUCUACAUGUAUGAAAUCUUGAAGGCCCUGGAUUAUUGCCACAGUAUGGGGAUUAUGCACAGAGACGUUAAACCCCACAAUGUCAUGAUUGACCAUGAGCAUAGAAAGCUCCGGCUAAUAGAUUGGGGUUUGGCUGAAUUCUAUCAUCCUGGCCAAGAGUACAACGUCCGAGUGGCUUCUAGAUACUUCAAAGGCCCAGAACUCCUCGUAGAUUAUCAGAUGUACGACUACAGUCUGGACAUGUGGAGCUUGGGUUGCAUGCUAGCCAGCAUGAUCUUCCGAAAGGAGCCCUUUUUCCAUGGUCAUGAUAACUAUGAUCAGUUGGUGAGAAUAGCCAAGGUGCUGGGGACAGAAGACCUGUACGACUACAUUGACAAAUACAACAUUGAGCUUGAUCCCCGUUUCAACGACAUCUUGGGCAGGCAUUCCCGCAAGCGAUGGGAACGCUUCGUUCACAGUGAGAAUCAGCAUUUGGUCAGCCCCGAAGCCCUGGAUUUCUUAGACAAGUUGUUGCGAUACGAUCACCAGUCCCGUCUCACGGCAAGAGAAGCCAUGGAACACCCUUAUUUCUACCCCAUAGUGAAGGACCAGGCUCGGAUGAGCUCGACCAACAUGCCGGGUAGCAGUACCCCUGUCAGCAGUGCCAGUAUGUUGUCAGGGAUUUCUUCAGUGCCAACGUCUUCGCCCCUUGGGCCUCUAGCCGGCUCACCUGUGAUUGCCGCUGCCAACACCCUAGGUAUGCCAGUUCCAGCUGCCGCAGGAGCUCAGCAGUAGAGGAUGACGUCCCUUCUCCUGGAUGCCAGGCCGGAGCCCGGUUGGGGCCGAGGUCCCUCCGCCCCUUCCCCAGGACAGCAGCCGCAGUCGCUCAUGCCCAGCGUUGUUGGGAGGGAGGGGGUGGAAUGCGUUGGAGGAGUUAUGUCUGAACAGUUGCUUGUGGAUUUAUAGUAGUUCAGUCAUAAAAAUAUAUAUAUAUUAUAGGCCAAUUUCCCCCUCCCCCUUUUUUUACUUGAACUUUUCGUAACUCAGGGGAAUCCCUGACAAAGCUUGCAGAUGGAGUAUUUCGUGGACAGGGCUUCCCCACCCUGUUCACCGCCACCCCUUCCUUCCUUAAGAUCCAAAGUGAGACGACUCCAGGGUCUCAGUUCUUGCCAGUGAGCUCUUCUUCCCCCAUUCCCUUUGCCGGCUGAUGCCACAUUGGGGUGCGAGUAGUGAGGGCCUCUGCUUUCCUUCCCUUUUGGGAAUUGCUGAGUUGUGGUCCUUAAAAGGCAGCAGGGAAGGACAAUGGUCUCUAAGCACCACCACGUUUUGUGUCUUUGUGGAUGGGUGGAGUGGGAGGAGUUUCCAUUUCCAAAAACAACUCUUCUAAGCGGCAGCAAAGGUUUGUGAGACUGCAGCUUUCUUGUAGGAGUUGGGUCUUCUCCUCUGAGCCACUUGGCUCACUGACACCUCACCCCCCCGCCUUGCAUGCCUCCUUAUUUGGAAGUCUUCAGGUUUCAGAUCAAUCAGAAGGAAGCCCGCUUGUGAUCUCUGUGAAAGGUGCCUCAGCAAAGGGCAAAUUAUUAUCUCUGUAAAGUUGCUCCCUCUCUGCUUCCUGUCCCCUCCCCACACAAGAUCCCUCAAGCUGUCUCCCUGGUUUGGGCGUUUGGGAUUGAAUUUGUCACUGGGAAUCUCUGUAAAAGUAACCCAGUCUUCUUGCUGGUUGCUCCCACCCAGACUGAACCAUGGGAACUGACAACGGGGCAUUCACCUGCCCACUCACUCGCCCACCUUUUUCCCUGUGCCAUGUGGUGAGAGAUGCUGUUGUGUGUUAGGUUUCCCCUCCGCACCCCGCCGCUUCUCCUUUUUUUAAUGUAGUUCGCAGUCUUGUAAAUAGAUUUGGGUGGGGAAGAAUGAGCAGCCUGCAACUUUAAAAAAGAGAAGAAAAAGGCAGCAACAAAAUGGUAGACCUGUAAGAAAUACUUACUGUGGAGAACAUCUGCUUACCCCUCUGUGUGUGUAUAUAUAAAUCUUGUCCUUCCUAUGCUGAAAGAUCCAGUGUUGGAAUUCCUUGCUGUAAAUAAACUGUUGGGUUGUUUUUUUUUUAAUUUAUCAAAGGUUAGGUUUUAAGUUUCCUGUGCAGAGGUUCUUCCUGAGCCAAUAUUACACUUCUUAACACAGUUGCAGCCUCUAAACCAUGAACCAGAGCUUGGGGCUCAGGCUGGUUUUCCUUCACAACAGUUUUGCACCUUGCACAGAUUUGCUUUUAGUUGCGAACAGCACUAAGAAGCCUUACAGAAAGCAUCUCACAAGCCAAAGCGUCGCCUGGAACAAAAAAGAAAGGAUCCUCGGCAUGCAUUUUUCCUUGCACACCUCGGCAGCGCUGGGAUUGUAGGAUGGAGAGGGCGGGGUGGGGUGCACAGAAGGUGCUCUGGUUCUCUACAUGUUGCUGUUCAGCACCGAAUUCAAAUCACUGACGGGAGAGACUGGAAGCGCAUCAGCCCCUUCCCUUCUUCAGAAUUCCCUCAUCAUUGGACAACCACUACAAGAGGCAGACUGCCUUGAGGGAGCGUCGAUCACUUGAUUUUAAUAUAUGCAACUUUCUGGGUCGGGGUUAGGUAACCAUGUGAUUCUUCUUGUUUUCUUAACUUUUUCCUUCUUUUUUUUGUCUGGGUUAGGAUGCUUUUGGUCUGAGCAGGAAUGAAUCUCAUAGUGAAGAGCAUGAAACCCUGAACUGUGUUCUCUCCCCCCCCCCCCCCCGGAAAGGUAGCUUGGAAAUGGGAAAUGACUUGUGGAUUCACAAAACAGUAGCUUAAAUCCUUGUUCACCUGUGGAAAUUCUUGGUGGGUCGCAGUGGCAGUUCAUGGCCUUUUGCUGAUGGGAAAGCAAGUUGGUCUCUCCUCGACAACUAUCUGUAGCUGUGAAAAUUCAGCAUGCAGCAAAGUUGUAUCUGUGUUUGCACGAGCGUGGAGGGGCCUCCGCAGGACUCUUCAAGCAGGUGAUCAAUUUCCCUCCUGUCGAUCUGUUUUUUAACUUGGCAAAUGGGGCAAAAGAGUAUCCUAGUGCCCCACCUUCUUGCAGAAGGCAGGGGAAUCCAGGUAAGAGAACCCACCAAGGAUGGAAUCCCAGUAACUAAUCAAACUUUAAACGAGAAGGUGACAGAGUGGAAGAUUACCGAUUCAGGGAGCGCGGCAAACAACUUUUCUUCUCUGUGCUUCAUGCCAGUUUUGCUGCCCAAGCAGGCCAGCGGUCUUGAGAGGGCAGGAGGAAAUUGCGGAUUGUUAACAGCAUCUGUGUUGUAAAUUACCUCAUCUGUAUACCUUGUAUCAGAACACUUUUUUUAAAAAAAUUCUCAGCACUUCCUGUUUUCUCUGCUUUGUGUUAGAUGGCGGGAAAAUCAAAUGCCAAUAUAAUAGUCCUGUUGGCAACUUAACUUUUAAAAUAUUUUUUUUAAAAAAAGGUUUUUUAAAUCUUGUUUGAAGUGACCCUUUUUAUUUUUUAUCUGUUGGAAUUUAGAUUAUUAUUAUUGUUGGUUUGUUCUUUUCCAUUUGAAUUUAUUGGUUGUACUUGUAAUUGUUAAAACUAACCCUUAACUGUGCUGGGAAGAAGUUGUGCCAUGGAGGUCUUUAAUUUUUGUUUUUAAAAUAAAAUCAUUGAAACUAAAUUA